AUUCUUUUCCCAUUCUAACUUGGAGAGCUCCAACCAAGUAAAAAAAGCGUGUGCUCACCACGACGUCGUCUUCUUAAGCCUUCUGAACCCUCUCUCUCAUUUCUCCCAACGAAAGUCAAUUUCGGUUCCACCUAACACCACCGAUACCUUUCCUCAUCUUCUUCUUCUUGUUCUCUCUCUCUCUCUCUCUCUCUCUCUCUCUCUCUCUCUUUCUCUGUCUUCCAAUCUUCCCUUCGCAAAACCUCUCUCAAGGUUACUUUUCUCCGCAAUAGGAAUGGAUUCCUUUUUCAAAGUUGCAAAUGAAGAUUGUGUGCCUUCUGAACUAGACAUUCUCAGAUGUCCGUUUUUGAGAAACAUCAAUGAGCCCACCAAUUUUUCCUUCGCCUCAUCCUUGGCCUUCCCAGUGCCUGGACGUGGCGGCAAAGGUCCAAUUUUUGAAGAUGGUCCCAAUUUUGACAUGGCAUUUAGGCUUUUCCAUGGGAGUGAUGGAGUAGUCCCCCUUUCUGGAAGAUCAUUUGUGCAUUCUAACAUAGUUGAGCCUCAACCAGCCCCAUCCAUGUUUAAUCCAUUAGCUGCAAAGGCAGCCACUAUCAGUCUCUCAUCAUUUGGAGGGCCAUUCAGCUUUGAUGCAUUCUCUGAGAAGUGGAAGAAUCAGAAACGAAAAUCCAAUUCCUCCAAAAAAGAUACUUCUUCAAAGGGAGGAAAUUCUAAUCAUGAGGCUUUGAGUAAUGAGUGGCUGCAAUCCGGAAGCUGUCCGAUCGCGAAGUCAUACCGUGCUGUUAGUGGUGUAAUUCCGCUUGUUGCAAAGGCUUUUCAGCCCCCUCCGGGCAUGAAAAUUAAGUGCCCACCAGCAAUAGUUGCAGCCCGAGCAGCUCUGGCGCGAACUGCAUUUGCAAAGAACCUCCGCCCACAGCCCCUUCCUGAAAAAGUACUUGUGAUUGGAGCAUUGGGCAUGGCAGCCAAUGUUCCUUUAGGGGUAUGGAGGGAGCACACCAAGAAAUUCUCACCAUCUUGGUUUGCUGCUGUGCAUGCAGCUGUUCCAUUCAUAGCCAUACUUCGGAAGUCUGUGCUGAUGCCUAAAUCAGCCAUGGCUUUUACCAUUGCAGCAUCAGUGCUAGGACAGGUCAUUGGCUCGAGAGCAGAGCGAUACCGGCUGAAGGCAGUGGCUGCUAAAAAAUUGUCUCUGACUGAAACCCCAUUUGGUGGGACAAGUGAGUUACAGGUGCUUAAAGCGAAAACUGGUCACUGCAAUGACAUUGAGGAGUGGAAUUCAGUUGCUCUUCAGGUUACGCGUCCUUCUUCAUCUACCGAUGUGUUCUGCUGAUUGUUAAUGGAAUUUUGAUGGCAUUGAUCCAUCAUUUCUAUGUAUUUUUACAGAGUGUAAUUCUCUGUACUAAGUCCAUUUGUGCCUCUAAACACUGUCUUUGUCCUUUGAAGACUUGAGAGAAGAAUAAAUGUAUAAUGCGAAUCACGAUUUUUUUAUCAAAGUCAUUUCCUUUAUUU